UGCCCUCGGCGCGCGAGUCAAACAAGCGAGGAAAAGGUAGGCUACAGGAGCCAAAUGAGCUUCAGUAGAACAACAGGGAACUGCGGUCUGAUGGGAUAUUGUUAUAUGGAAUGCACCCUCAGAUCUACAUAAAUGUGUUUAUGUUUGCACGAAUCAUUCACGAUCCAGCUUCACCUCCAGAAAUGAGUGCAUCUGAACCCCAGGAAAGUGGUGAGGUGAGAAUCGGACACUCUCUGAAUACGAACGAGGAAGAGUUUGUAGCCAGAAGGAGAAACACUGUUCUACAAUGCCUGCAGAAGUUUAACAUACGCUGCAGUCAGGAUAAAGUGCCAAACAUUGCGUUACUUGGUUCUGGAGGAGGACAAAGAGCCAUGGUGGCUUUGCUGGAAUCCCUGGUUCAGCUUGAUAAAGCGGGUCUUCUGGACUGCAUCCUUUAUCUGAGCGGAGUCUCUGGAUCCACCUGGUGUAUGGCCUCCUUAUACCAAGAACCAGACUGGUCCACCAAACUAGAGACCGUGAAAGACAAAAUCAUCGAGAGACUCAGCGGUCCAGGAGUGAGCUGGACAGACAAAUUGACCAAACUGAAGAACUAUUACAUGAAAGACAGUUUCAGCUUGACUGACCUCUGGGCAGUGCUAUUUGUCACAUCAUAUGUGAAAGAGAUUGAUGAACAAACACUCACAGAUCAGCGGGACCAGCACACUAAAGACCCGUAUCCCAUUUACGCAGUGAUCGACAAGCAAUGCAAAAGGCGUGAGGAAGGAGACCCCUGGUUUGAGAUCACUCCACAUGAAGCAGGUUAUUCCCUCACUGGAGCAUUUGUGGAAACCUCCAGCUUCGGCAGCCAGUUUGACAACGGCUCAAAGAAAAAACUGCAGCCUGAAAUGGACAUGCUGUACCUGCAAGCUGUGUGUAGCAGUGCUUUAGCUGAUGGAGAGGCGACCUGGAAAUGGAUAAAAGCUAUUUCAAUACCUGAAAUAAAAUCGGCAUUAGACAAAAUGAAGCAAGAUGACACCGGAGGAAACACCUCGAGAACCACUCAGCAGCCUUUCGUUGAAGAUGAAUGUUACCAGGAGCUCAUGAACCUUGUGGAUGCUGAUCCUUCUACUCUUGUUGAGGCCACCAGAUCAGCGCUGCCCAACCUUUCUGGAGGUCAGAAAACUGCUGAUAAGGGGAAAAAAACAGUCAGAUGCGUUGCUCAGAGGAUCUGGGGCAGGAAUUAUAACUUCCUCCACAACAUGACAGAUGAGUCAGUGCCAGCCGCUCUUUUGCAAAAAGAGACAAGAGAUUUUAUAGACGCCGGACUGUUGAUCAACUCACCCUACUUCUCAGUGCUGAGAAAAGAACGAAACAUUGACCUCAUCAUUGCUCUGGAUUUCAGCGAUGGAGAUCCUUUCACGACAUUGAGAGAAGCUGCUAAAACGUGCAAGAAACUAAACAUCCCUUUCCCUGAAGUCGACGUUCCCAGUAAAGAAGGGAAGAAACCAAAGGAUUUUUAUGUGUUCAAAGGCCAAAAUGCUCCAACCGUGAUUCACAUCCCUCUGUUUAAUGUGGUCAACUGUGGAGAAAAGCCUGGUGAUUGGAGGAAGAAAUAUGGCAUCUUAAAAGGUCCUUACGAUGCUGAGAUGAUCACUGAAGUUAUGGAGGUUGCUGGAAAAAACAUCUCAAACAACAUAGAGAAACUGCUGGAGCAGAUCCGUGCAGUCGCUGAAGCUAAAUGAUUCCAGGCACAAAUAUGACUAUAUAACAAGUCGGCAAGAAAUUAAAAUUCAGUCUGUUUGAUAAAUGCAUCUUGAUCUUAUUGUAAAUGAUUCAUGCUUUUUUAUGCUCCGGUGGAAUGGCAGAUUCUCUCUGGUGAUGCGGGAUGUGUGGCAUUAUAGUUAUGUUUGGACUUUAUUUCUGUUUAUGUUAAAAUGUUUCUGCAUAUUUCAGUCCGUUUCUUCAUUGUUUGACAUUCAUAAGCAAUAAAGAGAAUUUUUUUUUU